CGAAGUCAACGGGUCAUGAGACAAAACUGCAGAGCAGCGACCACCUCGUUCCUUUCACCAUGCCCUUCAAUCUGUAGAAAUUUCUGCCUCGACCCACUCGAGAAGAGGCGGACCACCAUGAACCGCAAAGCUUGCUUCUUUCUGGCAAUUGCUGUAGUCGUCGCUUUCUUCUUCAUCAACGUUGCCAUAGUCGUGAACCGCUUCGAUGCCUCGAAUUCAAACGGCAUCGGGUUGUUACGCGACACGAGGUUCAGCUCUGUUCCCUCUUCAGGAAGCACUCCCGGUAGCAUCGUGUCCCCAUCAUCACAAGCCAAACAAGAGGGACGUGAUCAUCUUGGUCAUGGUGAUGGUGAUUUUACUUAUGCCGAUGAAGGAGAAGCGGCGAAGCUUCGAGUCCCCCGCCGACCAACUAGUGGCGGGACCAAGCCCGAAGGAUCCUUCGCAGCCAAGGAUUCGGCCCGAGCUCGGACCAAUAAUGGGAAGAUGACAGAGAUCAGACACCGAAACCCCAUUUCAAGUCUCAGCAAGGGCAAGGAUAGGCUGAAGCUGCAUUUGAAGCCGAUCAAUGCUUCACCUUCACGGGAAUCCGAGGCAGACGGGCUUUCGGGCACCCUCAUGGCUACACUGAGAUAUGGAGUGAUUCCGGGCUUGGAAUUGUACUUUAUCGAUGUAUACAUAGGUACGCCUCCUCAGCAUCUCCCUCUGAUACUUGAUACUGGUAGUGACCUCAGUUGGAUCCAAUGUGCUACUUGUCCUGAUUGCUUCGAGCAAAGCGGACCCUACUACGAUCCCGAGGACUCCACUUCUUAUCGAGAGAUAAGCUGCCGCGACAGUAGGUGUCUCCAGGUCCCGCACCCGGAUCCUCUGCAGCGUUGCGAGUCUGAAAACCAAACCUGUCCUUAUUUCUAUCCCUAUGGAGACGGCUCGAACACGACCGGCAAUUUCUCGCUUGAAACAUUCACGGUCAAUCUCACAGCACGCACCGGUGACUCCGAAUUUGCAAGGGUGGAGGUGAUGUUUGGCUGCGGUUGUUGGAACGGAGGCUUUUCUUCUGGGGCUUCAGGGAUGCUGGGACUAGGUAGAGGGUCUCUGUCUUUGGCCUCUCAGUUUCAAUCUCUGAAUGGCCAGUCUUUCUCUUACUGUCUCGUGAACAGAUACAGCAAUCCUAAUGCGAGCAGCAGAUUGGUUUUCGGCGAAGCCGACGAGCUUUCAAGCCGCCCCGAUUGGAAUUUCACUUCCUUUCUCGGAGCACAAGAAAGCCCAGACAACACAUUUUACUAUGUCAAGAUAAAAUCGAUCAUGGUCGGAGGAGAGAUUCUUGACAUACCCCAGGAGACAUGGGAAGUGUCGCCGGACGGGCAUGGCGGGACGAUCAUAGAUUCGGGAGCUUCGCUUAGUUAUUUUGUCGGGCCUGCUUACAGGGCCAUCCUGGAAGCAUUCGAGAGGAAGGUGAAGGCAUACCCAAUGGUGGAGGACGGGCAGUUUUAUCCAUGUUACAAUGUGUCCGCCGUGUCAAAGCCCGAGAUGCCCGGGUUCCGAAUCGAAUUCGUGGACGGGGCAGCAUGGGAUUUCCCGGUCGAGAAUUACUUCAUCCCGAUCGCGCCGGACGGGAUCGCGUGUUUGGCGAUGAGGGAGAAUAAGUUCCCGGGGUAUUCGGUAAUCGGAAACUAUCUGCAGCAGGAUUUUCACAUGUGGUUUGAUAUGAAGAAGUCUAGGCUGGGGUAUGCACCCUGCAGCACCCAUGAGAUAUCAAUUUACAUCAUUACUGGGCUUGCAGUUCGUGGGCCUUGUGCGGGCCCAGUAGAGCGCUUUCGCGUUAGGGUUUUCUCCCGUCCCGCCGAUUCUUAUAUCCUCCUCCUUCCUCGAUCGAGCGAGGGAUUUCUCGGAGCAGCCGAACGAGCUCGCAGUCGCCGCGCUCGUCCUCCUCCGCCGUGACGUCCGACGAUGGUGACUUUCAGGUUUCACCAGUACCAGGUGGUGGGGAGGGCUCUGCCGACCGAAUCGGAUGACCAUCCGAAGAUCUACAGGAUGAAGCUGUGGGCCACCAAUGAAGUCCGCGCCAAAUCGAAGUUCUGGUAUUUCUUGAGGAAGCUUAAGAAGGUCAAGAAGAGCAAUGGACAGGUCCUGGCCAUCAACGAGAUAUUUGAGAAGAAUCCCACAAAGAUCAACAAUUAUGGUAUCUGGCUGCGAUAUCAGAGCCGUACUGGGUAUCAUAACAUGUACAAGGAAUACCGGGACACAACUCUGAACGGGGCAGUGGAGCAAAUGUACAAUGAAAUGGCAUCUCGCCACAGAGUGAGGUUUCCAUGCAUCCAAAUUAUUAAGACAGCUACUGUUCCAGCAAAGUUGUGCAAGAGAGAGAGCACGAAGCAGUUCCACAACUCCAAGAUCAAAUUCCCCUUGGUGUUCAAGAAGGUUAGGCCUCCAACGAGGAAGCUGAAGACCACCUACAAGGCCUCUAGGCCCAACCUAUUUAUGUAACUCUUUUAUCUCGCACUGCGCCUUUCGGAGCUAUGCAGUUAGCAGGUAUUGAUUUCUGAAGAAGCAAGAUAAGAUAUUUCGUGGUUUUUGGCUGAUGGGUGACUUUCUGUAGCCGUCAAAUUUUGAGUAUUGUUUGGCAAAUUUGUAUGGAUUCUUCAGACAUUUUCCCAUAGUUACCUUCUACCGAAAUUUUCAUGUCAA